GAGGGCGCUGCGCAGCUGCGCCCCAUCAACUAAUGAAAGUUGUGAACUUCCGCCUCCUGCAGCGCCGGCAGAUUGUUUCAUCAGACUCGAGAGUCCACUUCCAGCCGAGCGGAGCUUCAACCCGGACUUUAGAGAGAUGGGAGACCCAGUGACGGAGCACUCCGCCCGGCUCCAGCAGCAGGAACGGGAGAUCCAGAGUUUGUCUGCGGAGAUCGAGGGUCUGAAGAACCCGCAGAACCUCGGUCCGUCGCCGCGUUUGGACGAGCUGCGGGAGGAGAACGCCAAACUGAAGUACCGUCUGAACGUCCUGAAGAGGAGUCUGCAGGAGGACUCGCCCCCCUGCAGUAAAACCAUGACCAACAUCAACCAGCGGCUGCAGGAGGUUUUCGGCGAGGCCAUCCGGGCGUCCUUCCCCGAGCUCGCCGACCCGCCGCUCGCCGUCGCGCCCAACCAGCAGGCGAAGUUCGGAGACUAUCAGUGCAACAGCGCCAUGGCCAUGGCUCAGCUGCUGAAGGCGAAGGGGGUGAAGGUGAACCCGAGAGAGAUCGCAGAGAAAAUCGUUCAGAACCUCCCGGAUAACGAUCUGGUCCACAAGACGGAGAUUGCCGGACCAGGAUUCAUCAACGUCCACCUGAAGAAGUCGUUCGUGUCCAAACUGCUGAACAACCUGCUGAUGAACGGCGUUCAGCCGCCGCCGCUCGCCUCGAGGAAAAAGGUGGUCGUGGACUUCUCCUCUCCCAACAUCGCCAAAGAGAUGCACGUCGGCCACCUCCGCUCCACCAUCAUCGGCGACAGCAUGUGUCGACUCUUCGAGUUCCUGGGCUACGACGUCCUCAGGAGUCCAAGAAGCGCUUCGACGAGGACGAGGACUUUAAGAAACGAGCGUACAGGUGCGUCGUCAGACUGCAGAGCAAAGAACCGGACUUCAUCAAAGCCUGGAACAUGAUCUGCGACGUUUCCAGGAGAGAGUUUCAGAAGGUCUACGACUGCCUGGACGUCAAGCUCAUGGAGAGAGGAGAGUCGUACUACCAGGACCUGAUGACCCGGGUGGUGAAGGAGUUUGAGGAGAGAGGUCUGGUGGAGCUGGACGAGGGCCGCAAGAUCGUCUUCGCCACCGGUCAAUCUCUCCCGCUCACCGUCGUGAAGUCGGACGGAGGUUACACCUACGACACGUCGGACCUGGCGGCGCUGCGCCAGCGGCUCUUUGAGGAGAAAGCCGACAUCGUCAUCUACGUCACGGACAGCGGGCAGGGCCCGCACUUCCAGGUGGUGUUUGCUGCAGCCCAGAUGAUCGGCUGGUACGACCCCCGGGUGACCCGGGUGGAGCACGCCGGCUUCGGAGUGGUGCUGGGGGAGGACAAGAAGAAGUUUAAGACUCGGUCUGGAGACACGGUGAGGCUGAUGGACCUGCUGGAGGAGGGACUGAAGAGGUCCAUGGACAAACUGAAAGAAAAAGAGCGAGACAAGGUUCUGACUCCGGAGGAGCUGAUUAAAGCCCAGAGAGCCGUUGCUUUCGGCUGCAUCAAAUAUGCCGACCUUUCACACAACCGCAUCAACGACUACGUCUUCUCCUUCGACAAAAUGCUGGACGACCGGGGCAACACGGCGGCGUAUCUCCUCUACGCCUUCACCCGCAUCAGGUCCAUCGCCCGUCUGGCCAGCCUCGACGAGUCCGCGCUGAAGACGGCGGCGAAGACCACGGAGAUCCUUCUGGACCACGAGAAGGAGUGGAAGCUGGGGAGAUGCAUCCUGCGCUUCCCCGAGAUCCUGCAGAAGAUCCUGGACGACCUGCUGCUGCACACGCUGUGCGACUACCUGUACGAGCUCGCCACCACCUUCACGGAGUUCUACGACAGCUGCUACUGCGUGGAGAAGGACCGGCAGACAG